GUCCAAGAGAAACAUAUAAAAAGACAGGUUACGCACAGCAAGUUAUCAAUUAUCAACGAUUCCAUCAUCAGUUCGGUUAUCUUUAUUGACGAAUACAAAAUGUGCAACUACGUCAAGACUUCCUGUUUAUUUAUGUUGCUGAUCCUGGCACUUGGAGUGGUUUCAGCUCAGCCAGCCAGGUUGGGAAAGCAGCUACAGAGGCAACAGGCAGCACCUUACCCAUCCGCCGAGGAACUUAAACCCGAGGUGCCGUUCGAGGAAGGGGUUCCUGAUCAGACGUAUGGACCUCCGGAUCUGACCUAUGGACCUCCCCCUGCCGAUGCAGUGGAGCAGCUGCCCAGCGACGAGGAGCCGCAGGAUUUCACACCCGAUCAGGAUGCAGAGGAGGUGCAACCCAGCCAGCAGGGUCCCGCCCGCCUCACGAAACAGACCAGAAGUCGUCAACAGGGAUUGAUUCUGCUCUCCUCGAGUCCUUUCCGAGUUCUGAGCUCCAAUGCAAUCCCCGUUCCCGUGGCCAUUCAAUCCCUGUGGUAGAAGCACUAAAGAAGAGACUUGAUAC